CCUUUGCAUGUAACAAAAUAACUGGGUGCGUUUUGGAUAUCACAAAUAAACAGAAUUUGAUAAUAUUGCUGCACACUCCAUGAUGACUCUAACUUUUCUUUAAGAAUUCCCAUGUAUUUUACAGGGAACCAUUACUGGGACCAGAAACUCCAGGUAAUAAGUUAAAAAGAAAAUGGGGCAGAAUUACUAUUUAUUCAUGGACUAUUUACUAUAUUUAUUUACACAUACAUUAUUAAGUACUUGGAAGAUCCACCCACUUGGUGUACUGUUUUUAAAAAGUCCAUUUAAAGAAUAUUUUUGGGCAAACAGCCUACAGGAGAUUAGAGAGAGCAUUGGUCACUGACAUGAAACAAAUGGGCUCUUUGACAGUCACAUGUAAGUAAAUGAACAUUUGAGCCCAGAACAUAUUGAGCCUGAAUUAGCCAAGAUCUAGCGAACCAGGUGCUAUGCAGUUACAGAAAAUUUACUAUUACAGGGAUGCUUUACUUUCAGACCAGUACAACAGCCCAGUGAUUAGGUACAGUGGGAGUCUUGAUUAGGCUUUGCUUGCACCUUUAUAAAAUGUAAGCAGAACUAAGGAUCAAAGAGGGGAACUCUUCUAUUGGAAUUAAAGGCAAAUUAUUCUGAAUAUAUAGGGGCAGGGGGUUACCUUCUCUACUUGAUGUUUUGGGCUGACACACUGAGUAAAACAUUUACAUUAUGUAUUAUAUUUUUAUAAAACAGUUGGUUAAAAUGUCCUGUCCUGUUUUGUAGCAUUUGCCCCCUAUGCAACACUAAGUAAGAAUAUUUUCAACCCCAUGCCCUUCGAAUAUAGAAUUACAAUAAUGCCUAAGCUCAGUAAGACAUAUUAUGCUCUUGGGAUGUUGCUCAGAUAUUUCAAAUAACUGUUGUACUCACCAGGAAGUUCUGAAACCUGUUUGUUGUGAUCUUGUACCAAAAUAACGUUUUUAUACAGUAACAAUUGAGAACUGGUUGAGACAACUACUCAUUGAAUGAACAUGCAAAGGACGGAGAGUAAUGACUUCAUGUUAAUGGAAAUGUUAUCAAGUAUAAUGUUGAUCCAGGGAGUGGCCCCAUUUACUGCUGAUCCAGGUAACAGUUCAAUUGUCAUUUCUGGAGUCAGGAAAAAGACAGGAGGACACUGCCUUGCAAGUUCUGUAAUUAGAGAGCUGAAUAUGCCUACUUUUGUUGGAAAACGAUGUAGUGUAAUAAUACCCUUGGGCCAAUGGAACAAUGAACGUAUCACCAUCAGUGUAUAAAGCAGAAUUAAUACUACACAUAUUUUCUGUUAAUACUGUAUUCUAGAUCUGACCUAGCAUAUAUGUGUUUAGGAGAUAUGACAGCAAUACAAUUACUCAGCAAGCCUAUAAAUUCAGCUAUAAUUCUAAUGAAGAAAGGAGGUAAAAUAUCAAUUUUGACAAAUUCUCCUGUAGGAAUAUCCUAUAAUUGAAUUCUAAUACUUGCCUUUUAAGGCAUGUUAAGUCCUAAAUAAAUGGGAAUAAAACCUAAAUAAAUAUGGUUUAUGUUUAAUAACCUUAUGUCAUAGAACUUCGUUUGACUUCACAUUAGGCAUCAGCUCUAAGCCAAAACAGAUUCUUCUGUGUGACAAUAGCCCUUGUGUACUGGCAAUUAUAGUCAAAUAUACUGCAUCUGACAUCACUAAGAUAAAGAAUUGUAAUAUAUUAUUUAUUAAUUCAACUUUAUUCAUAUUUGCUGUUCUGUUGAGAGAAGGUGUAAAUAUACUUAGAAGGUGCGGCACCCUUGUCCCUGUAACAGGAUUGAUUGGACAAAUCAAAAGGGAAUAAAUAUUAUCCUGGAACUUGUAACAGCUGAUUUGCUUGCCAGUUAUUUGCCAGACCUCAUGAUAAAGCAGGAGCUAAAGUAAGAAGGAGCACAAAUGUUAUACAGUAGAACCCCCAUUUUACGUUUUUCAGGAGACCUGAAAAAAAAUGGUUUAAAAUCCAGGAUAAUGUAAAAUCAGGAAAGUGUAUUAUACAUAAUAUAUAAGUGGGGCCACAAAACUACAAUGUAAAAUGAAACCUUAAAAUCAGGGGAUGUAAAAUUGAGGUUUCACUGUAUUCCCAAUAUGUGUCUUAUACUAGGUAAACUGGUGUCCCACCCACUGAGCACUGAUGACCCAUUACAGACACUACUUAUUAAAGUUUACACUGCUAGUUACUCAUUCUACCAAUUAUGCUUAUGUGGCAUCUCAUUAGGAUCUAUCUUUCUCUCUGAUCAACUUCUCACUCUCUAGGACUUUCCUGAGCUUAGGCUUCACUGAGGCCCAUGCCUUAAGAUCCCUGCUGUCACCCUAAGCUUUCCUCGUUGACCUUUUGUGAGGGAAAUACUAUUUUUUUGGUAAAAUGAUCCAUAUUUUGCAUCUCACCAAUGAAGUGACUUUGCUCAGAAUACUGUUACAGAGGUGACAAUGGAUUGUUCUACAGCAGAGUGAAUAAUCAUUUUGUUUUGUAUGGUCAGAUCCUGGUUAUGGAGUCUGCAGAUAAAGUAAAAACAGAACGGUGGAUUGUAUACUAUGACUCCUUUGAAGAAAUGUUUCAGUACUUCUGUGACAACACCACAAUCCAUGGUACCAUCCGGCUCAACUGCUCCAAAAGGAACAAAAUGAAGACCACUUUCUGGCUUGUGAUAUUCUUACUUUCAAUCGCUAUUAUGUACUGGCAAUUUGGAAUUAUGAUCAACCACUAUUGGGCCUACCCCAUCAGCACAGCUAUAAGCUUGCAGUCAAAGGGCAACACGUUUCCAGCUGUGACCAUCUGCAAUCUGAACCCAUACAGAUUUGAUGAAGUGAAUACAUAUGUUAAUCAGCUGGACAAGAUGGCACAGGAAACACUUUAUUCUGUGUAUAAAUAUGAUGGCCCCAAAGCAAGAAAUCAAGUUAUUCAUCUACAGGAUUUCCUGCCCAAUGUGACACACCAGUUCAAUGGAAGUUUUCAGUUAGACCAAAGUAUUGUGUUGCUAAAGUUACAAGAGAAUGGCUCGGGCCCAGCUUUACCAGGAGUCAAGAAAUUUCAAUUGGGAUUUAAGAUGUGUAAUUCUUCUGGAGGAGAUUGCUACUAUAAAUCAUAUUGGUCUGGCGUGGAUGCCCUGCAUGAAUGGUACAAAUACCACUACAUAAACAUAAUGUCUAAAAUCCCCCCUGUGCUGAACACAGCAGGAGAAGAGUUAGCCAAGAAUUUCAUCUUCACCUGCGAUUUCAUUGACAAACCUUGUAUAGAACGAGAAUAUGAUUAUUUCCAUCACCCAAUUUAUGGAAGUUGCUUCACAGUUAAUCCCCAAAGGAAGGAAAAUGUUCUAUAUUCUCCCAGGCCUGGCAAGAAGUAUGGGCUGUCUCUGAAGGUGAAGGUGGAUCAGAACGACAACAUGCCUCUCCUGUCAUCAGCCGCCGGAGCAAGAAUAAUGAUCCACAACCCCAACCAGCCACCUCUAGUGGAACACGACGGUUUUGAUAUAAGGCCAGGAACUGAGACUUCAAUAGGCAUAAAACAGGAUGAGGUAAAACAUCUAGGUGGAAAAUAUGGUCAAUGCGCUUCUGAUGGAAAUGAUUUGGGAUUCAAACUGUUGUACAGCACAUCAUAUACACUCCAGGCAUGCCUGAAUUCCUGCUUUCAGUACAAGAUGAUUGAAAUGUGUGGAUGUGGAUAUUAUUUUUAUCCACUGCCUCCAGACACAGAAUACUGCAACUAUAACAAGUAUCCUGGUUGGGGGCAUUGUUUCUACCGCUUGCAUGAAAAGAUGCUAGAUCACAGGCACCACUGCUUUACCCAAUGCCCAAUGCAAUGCACAGAGACAAGGUAUCAGCUUUCUGCAGGGACAGCCCAAUGGCCAUCACCCACAUCAAAGACAUGGGUCAUCCCAGUCUUAAACUGGCACAAAGGAUACAACACAACAAGUAAAAGGAGCGAUGUAUCUAAGAUUAAUAUAUAUUAUGAAGAGGUGAGUUACCAGUCGGUUGAGGAAACACCUGCCAUGCCAGUGACCUUGUUGCUUUCCAAUAUGGGAGGACAAUGGAGCUGGUGGUUUGGUUCUUCAGUCCUUUCAGUGGUUGAGAUUGCAGAACUAGUGCUUGAUACUGUGGCCAUGGUAAUACUCAUUACAUACCGCUGGAAGAAGAAGAAGAGGGCGCCUCAAUAGAAGAGUUUUCUCCACUGCUCUGGCACCAUUAAAAGACAGUACCUCUGGAAACCAAGUCAUCUUGAGAAACCUUGCAACAAAGAAAUCUUGAAACAAAUCAAAGCUGUGUCUUAAUUUGUACCAUACUAUAAGCUAAUUUACAAAACCCAGCUGGUGCACCUUCAGACCCAUCCACUAAGUACUGGUACCCUCGGGAUUUUAGUGCAGCCUGUGCUAAACUCAGCACUAGGUGCAGAUUGUUGUGCUUUGGAUGCAAAACAGCCCUGUACUAAUACCUGCUAAAGGCAGCCAUUAAUUACAGGGCACCAUCAAGUCUGGCACCUACUGGCAAUCCCAAGCUUGCAUAACUGCCCCCAGUGUGCCCCUCAUGAAUACAGUGCUGCUUAAUGCAAGUAGCAUUUUAUUCAUGAAAGAGUUGCAGAUCACAAACCUGUGCCUAAAGGUGGCCAUAGACGUUUGAAUUACGAUCUUUCCUGGAAAAUAUCUUUCCAAGAAAGAUUGUUCACUCUAAUACACACGUGUAGAGCUGAAUCGUCAGAUACACAGGUAGAAACAAUAGAAUUCUACCUGUAUCUGAUGAUUCACCACUAACAAUGGCCAGUCUGAUUGAUGAGCCGCCCAAUAUCCAAGUCUUCUGUCGGCUUGUUUCCCACCAUACACGCACCGAAUAUUGUAAGAAAAUUUGUUUUGUUCGAGUUAAUUAUGACGUAAACAUUCUUUUUUAAUGUUUUAACUGGUUUUAAUGUUUUUAUUUUUUGUGGUUUCUGAAUUAUUUCGCUUUUUGUUAAGCAGCCCUCUAGUGUGGAAUUCGGCAGCUAAAUGGUCGCUAUAUGUAGCAACAGGGCUGGAGCUAGGGGUGGGCAGAAGAGGCAUGUGUCUGAAAAUAGAAUAAUGCUUGUUCAAUAUAAUAAGCAACGUGUUUGGAAAUAUACACCUCCCAAGCAUGGACUGGCCCUUGCUUUUUCCAGAAACAAAUGAAAUGGCAGGUGUUUGUUUUUUCAUAAUAAAAGAAAGCAACUUUAAGUAUGUUUCCUGCAUUUUCUUUUAAUAGCAUAGAUUUGCAAUUCAUUCUCAGGGAAAAAAGGUACAAAAAAAUGAGCUUCUCAACUUUUUUCAAUGAGCAUCAUGGAGAUAGGCGGAAGUGUCAGAUUGGAUGGAGACAUGUAGGGAACAAACACAGGAUCAGGAGUGUUAAUAGUUGUUGGAAAGGUAUAUAAUGGGAAGAGCAAAUGGCCAGGGUAUGGGCUCUUUAAAGGGGUUAUACACCUUGGGGUUAACUUUUAGUAUCUCUUCAGAGACAGAUGGGUAAAGAUUACAAAAACAACCUUAUUGCAGCACAUAGCAGUAAGACAUUUGUAGCAGAGAAAAUUAGUUUGAUGCCAUUUCUUAUAGUUUGCAGACUACUUCUACUACAGACAUUAAAGAAUCACAGUGAUUCAGUGCAAUAGUUCAUUAGGAAUUAGUGUCUUUCCUAAGCCGGAAUCAUGUGUAAUAUGUCACACAACCAACUGUGGCUGUUCUGAAUUUAAGGGAAUCUCAACCCAAAAAUACAUUUUGAAAAUAAAAUGUAUAAUAAAUAAAUAAAAGAAAACAUAAUUCUAAGCA